AUGGUAAAGCCAAGGCAGUUGGGACAUUUGGUUCUCCGUGUGCGUGAUCUGGAGGCGUCUGAGAAGUGGUACUCCGAGGUGCUGGGGCUUCACACUACGACCAAGCGCCCGGGCGGUAUGACAUUCAUGAGUGCAAAAGAGGGAUCUUCCCACGAAUUGGCCCUGAUGAGUGUGGGGCCGGAUGCACCGGGUCCGGAAGAGACGCGUGUCGGUCUAUAUCACUUCGCGUGGGAGAUGGAUUCGUUCGAGGACCUGAAGGAACUCUACGAGCACAUGAAGGCGAAGGACGUGAACAUCGGCGGCAUCGGCGACCACGGCAUUUCGAUGGGUGUGUACCUCUUCGACCCUGAUGGCAAUGAGAUCGAGGUCUAUUACGAGAUGCCCAAAGAGGAAUGGCCGGAUAGCGAGUAUCUGUUCGCGGGAGAGUAUCCGGAGAAAUUGGAAGCGGAAGAGGUGGCGGUGUAG